AGUUGUAUAAACUUGCCCCCCUCCCCAGCUGUACGAUCAAGACCCAACACAUCCCCGCCGAUCACUCUUUCAGCCUGUGCUUUCUUUGGGCUCAGCGUCUUCUCCUAAAAGGAGCCGAGCUGGGACUUUUGUCGUUUGGUGACACCUCGCUUGCCUUUGUGUUGAUGAUGAAGUCCUUCAUGUCCACGCUCUUCUGGUGGGGCUUUGCGUGCCUUCUAUGUCCUGCCGGCUCAUUCCCCUUCAUCCUCACCCAGCUCAGCACCCGCAAAAGCAGCUGUAAGUCCAUCCCAAGCAGCAUGACCCUGUGCCACAAUGUAGGGUACAGCGAAAUGCGUCUACCCAACCUUCUUGGACACGACACCAUGAAGGAGGCGUUGCAGCAGGCUGGCUCGUGGGUGCCCCUUCUCACCAAGCAGUGCCACGCGGACACCAAGAAGUUCCUGUGUUCCUUAUUUGCACCGGUGUGUCUGAGCGACAUGGAGGAAGCGGUGUAUCCGUGCAGGUCGCUCUGCGAGGCAGUUCGGGAUGGCUGUACCCCUGUCAUGGCUGCGUUUGGAUUUCCCUGGCCUGAGAUGUUCAACUGCACCCAGUUUCCACAGGGGAAUGAACUUUGUGUGCCCCCUGCUGGUACAGAUGAGAAGCCCCAGAUGGCAAAGGAAGAGGUCCCAUGUGCCGCCUGCCAUAGCCUUGGAGAUGCCGAUAAAGAAUUCCUGCAGGAGUUCUGUUCUAGGGAUUUUGCUAUGAAGAUGAACGUCCGCUCGGUGUCCACCAUGGAAGGGGAUGUCAUGGUGAUUCCAGAAGUUAAAAGCAGGACAGUGUACAAGUCCAAAGGCUGGACCGACGAAGAGAUAAAAAAGACAGUUCUCUGGCUGAAUGACGGCGACAACUGCCUCUGCCCCGAUAUCCAGGAGCCGGGGGUAACCGUGCUGGUUUUGGGGCACAGGGUAGAUGACAAACUGGUCAUCUCCUGGGUCAGGAAGUGGGAUAAAAGUGAGAAGGAAACGAAGAGGUUUUCAAGAACAGUACGCAAGCUACAGUGCUAGAAACGAGCGACAAGUAGACCUUAGUGUGGAAGGUGUCUCCUACGUGUAAGUAGACUGAGAGCUGUUAAAAGCCCAAUGUUCUUCUGCGACCCCCAGGAGUAAACUCUAGGGCCUUCAACCUUCAAAACUUUAAGGGUUCUUGGGAUUUUUUUUAUGGUCUCUGACAGCUUCUGUUCUCCCUGCUCCUUGAACAUAAAUGUCUUUUUUUUGAAUACACCAAGCGGACCGUCUAUCUAA